AUGUCUGUGUCAAACUCAAGGGGCAAUCAUGCCCGAACCCGCGCUUCUCUGGAAGAUGACGAUUUGAUCGACCCAGAUAACGCGGAUCUUAACGAUCUUGACGAUCCUCUCGGAAACCAGCCCUAUGCCCCAUCCCUUGCAGGAAACAUUGGAUCCGGUUCGUCAUCACGGCCGUUGAAUGAGAGCUAUCUUACCUCGUCAAUUCCCGGCGAAGACCGAAGAGCACCACAGAACACGAUUGAUGAAACAGUAUGGGACACGCUGCGUCGUGAUCUUCUGGCUGUCUGGGCCAAGCUCCGAGAAGUUCUCUACCCUCGAUAUCUUCUCGGAGGCACCAUGUUUGACUCCGAAGGCGGCCUGCGGGGUGCUUAUUCAAACAUCCGCGGCGCUGGCAUCACCGGUACUCGGGAGGAACUGACGGGACUGGCCAGCCGAAUGAUGAAUGCCGAGGCGCUCUUGCAAAGUAACAUGAGCCCUAGCCUUCGUGACUGGGACCUUUGGGGACCCCUCGUAUUCUGCCUGCUGCUGAGUCUGCUGCUCAGCAUCACCGCUCGAGCCGAGCAGAGGGACACGGUCUUCAGCGGCGUGUUCGCCAUGAUUUGGCUCGGCGAGGCAGUGGUGACGCUACAAAUAAAGCUGCUGGGUGGGAACAUUUCUUUCGCGCAAAGCGUCUGCAUUAUCGGCUACACCUUGUUUCCGCUCGUCAUUGCAAGUCUUUUGUCAGCACUGCGGCUGCACUGGAUUCCCCGGAUUCCCAUCUACGUUGUCUUGGUGGCUUGGUCUCUUGCUGCUGGGGUCAGCAUUCUGGGCGGCAGCGGGGUUGUCAAAAACCGAGUCGCCAUUGCGGUGUAUCCCCUUUUUAUUUUCUACGUCGGUCUUGGAUGCCUGUGCUUCAUUAGCUGA